ACGUGGCUGAAGCGGCCCCGGGAGCAUGAGCGGGCAGCGCGUGGACGUCAAGGUGGUGAUGCUGGGCAAGGAGUACGUGGGCAAGACUAGCCUGGUGGAGCGCUACGUGCACGACCGCUUUCUGGUGGGGCCUUAUCAGAACACCAUCGGGGCCGCCUUCGUGGCCAAGGUGAUGUCGGUCGGAGACCGGACUGUGACAUUAGGUAUUUGGGACACAGCAGGCUCUGAGCGCUAUGAGGCCAUGAGUAGAAUCUACUAUCGGGGUGCCAAGGCUGCCAUCGUCUGCUAUGACCUCACAGACAGCAGCAGCUUUGAGCGAGCAAAGUUCUGGGUGAAGGAACUGCGCAGCCUAGAAGAGGGCUGCCAAAUCUACUUAUGUGGCACCAAGAGUGACCUGCUGGAAGAAGACCGGAGGCGUCGACGUGUGGACUUCCACGACGUCCAGGACUAUGCAGACAAUAUCAAAGCUCAGCUCUUUGAAACAUCCAGCAAGACAGGCCAGAGUGUGGACGAGCUCUUCCAGAAAGUGGCAGAGGAUUACGUCAGUGUGGCUGCCUUCCAGGUGAUGACAGAGGAGGACAAGGGCGUGGAUCUGGGCCAGAAGCCAAACCCCUACUUCUACAGCUGUUGUCAUCACUGAGUCAGCACUCACCUGGCCUGGGGGAAUUAAAGGAAUUCCCCAUAAGGGCUGGACCCAGCUCCUUUCUGGGCUUGGGUAGUCAAAUGUCUGAGCUACCCCAGGUCCUCAUGUCAGCAGAGUGGCACCUGCCUGUGCUGGCCCAUGGAACGGAGACAGCACUGGGCUGACUGUGGGCAUGAGGAGGGAUAAGGGCUGAUUUGGACCCCAGGCUUCUGCCCUGGACAGCACUUGUGUCUGCAGAUUAUUUAAGUGGCUUUUGAUCUGUAAAUAAAAUCAAUGCACUGUGAAUCACA